AUGGAUGUAAACUGUGAUGAGAGUGUGUCUCUCCAUCAGCUGCUGGACCCGUCCCACCCAGAGACCCUGGACCCGUCCCACCCAGAGACCCUGGACCCGUCCCACCCAGAGAUCCAGAGACCCUGGACCUGUCCCAUCAUGAGACCCAGAGACCCAGAGACCCUGGACCCGUCCCACCCAGAGACCCUGGACCCGUCCCACCCAGAGAUCCAGAGACCCUGGACCUGUCCCAUCAUGAGACCCAGAGACCCAGAGACCCUGGACCCGUCCCACCCAGAGACCCUGGACCCGUCCCACCCAGAGAUCCAGAGACCCUGGACCUGUCCCAUCAUGAGACCCAGAGACCCAGAGACCCUGGACCCGUCCCACCCAGAGACCCUGGACCCGUCCCACCCAGAGACCCUGGACCCGUCCCACCCAGAGACCCAGAGACCCUGGACCUGUCCCAUCAUAAGACCCAGAGACCCUGGACCCGUCCCACCCAGAGACCCUGGACCUGUCCCAUCAUGA